AGCUGUCCGGCUUUGUGACUGGGUAAAGCUCUUGGCUAAUUUAGCUGGUGGUGGUUAUGUAGGCUGUAGGUGCAGCCGGAAAAAAUUAUAUCUAACCAAACUUUGUAUUGUGGUUUGGCACACCUUGCGCCAUUUAUUCUGCUGAUCUGUCCGCUGAAAUUGUACCAGUAAGCGGUAGCUGUCAAGCUUGAAGCAUGUUUUCUGGGAAACCCGUGAAGCCGACGUUUAAGUCUUAUCUUCCCCCUGUACAGACUGAACUGAAGAAGAGUCCCCAGAUCACCAUAAAGAAACUAGAGGCCAAGUUGCUUCCAGGGGAAAUUGUGGUGAAUGAGGUCAACUUUACGCGGAAGUGCAUCGGUGCAGACAGCAGCCAGGAUGACCUCUGGGGAAAGCUGAUAUGCACCAAUUUCAAAGUGUCCUUCGUUACCCAUGAUUCCCUGCCACAGCAGAGGUUUCAGUGUGCUCACCGGCUGCUGGGAGAGCAUGAUAUUCCCUUGGCAUGUGUGGAACAAGUGGUGACAGUGAAUGACAUCAAGGGGAAGCAGAAGGUUCUUGGAUCAAAUCAGAAGCUGAAGUUCAAUCCCACUGAACUCAUCCUGUACUGUAAGGACUUCCGUAUAGUCCGCUUUCGCUUUGACGAGGCUGGACCCGAGAGCGCCAAGAAGGUUUGUCUGGCUAUAGCCCAUUACUCUCAUCCUGCAGAUCCCCAGUUGCUGUUUGGCUUUGAGUAUGUAGGGCAGCAUUACUACGGCUCUCAAGGUGAACGGAUGAAUGGAGUAGACCCAGGAGGAGGUUUACAGACGCCCAUGUUUGACCGGCCCUCAGACUGGGACCGCGAGAUCAAACGCACUGGAGCAGCAGAAUGGAGAGUUUGCUCCAUCAAUGAGAGCUACAUAGUCUCACCCAGUCUCCCUGAAUAUUUUGUGGUUCCGGCGUCUCUGGCGGAUCAGGACCUGAAGCAGUAUGCCUGCUAUUUUACCACCCAGCGCAUCCCUCUGUGGUGCUGGAAUCAUCCCAAUGGAAGCGCUCUGGUCCGCAUGGCCUGCAUCAGCGACCCCCUGCAGCAGAGGAAGGUAGACCAGAGGAUUUGCAGCUCAAUAACCAAGAGCCACCCACACCGGAGCGAUGUCGUGAAAGCAGACUUGGAGAAAAAUCUGCCCACCAUCCAGGAUGUGCAGGCUGCUCUUGUUAAACUGAAGCAGAUCUGUGUGAUAGACCCUUUUGAAGAGUCUGAGGAAAAGUGGCUGUCAUCCAUGGAAAGCUCACGAUGGUUGGAGUAUGUCAGGGCUUUUCUAAGGCAAGCAGUAGAGGUGGUGUACAUACUGGAUGGGAAGCAGGCCUCAGUCAUUCUACAAGAGGAGGAAGACAGGGACCUGAACUGUGUGGUGGCUUCCCUGGUGCAGCUCAUGUUGGACCCUCACUGCCGCAGUUUGGUCGGCUUUCAGAGUCUGGUGCAGAAAGAGUGGGUGAUGGCCGGCCAUCGGUUCCUUGACCGCUGUAACCACCUGAAGAAGAACGAUAAAGAGGAGUCUCCUCUCUUCCUACUCUUCCUGGACUGUGUGUGGCAGCUUUUAAAUCAGUACCCAGCAGCCUUUGAGUUCACAGAGACGUAUCUGACGAUGCUGAGUGACAGCAUGUGGAUCCCAGUGUUCAGCACCUUCCUCUUCAACUGCCCACAGGAGAGAGCUGAGCACAGUAGAGAUUUUGCCCGCAGUAAAAGCAUUGCUUUGGGGCAGGAAAAAGCUUUACGCUUCCCGCCUGUGUGGGAUUGGUCACAGCAGUUCUCCCUUAAAGACCAGACUCUGUUCAACAACCCACUGUAUGUUGGCAAGGGUGCUACAUCCGUGCAGAACGGCACAGUGAGGACGUUUAAACGCACCAAGAAAAACUACAGCUCUACGUUGCGAGGAAUGCCGCCCAGCUUACGCAACGGGAUGCUGGGGGUGCACGACACCCUCCCCAGACGAAGUUCCCUGGUGCUUCGGCUCAAGCCAGACUUUUCCCAGCCGCGGGAACCUGCGGAGAGUCCUUCGGAAUGCUUCGUCAGGGACUGGUUCUCUCGUCCCCCUGACCUGCAGGGCAUGCUGCUUCCCCAGCUCCUGCCUACCCACCUCUCUCUGUGGCGACUCUAUUUCUUGCGCUGGGUUCCCGAGGCCCGGAUCCCACAGGGAGGUCCGAUCACAGCCUUUCACAAGCUCUCGGUGCUGACAGCUGAGAUUGAGAUCCUUAAAAACCAGCUGAGGCAGUAUAAAGGAGGCCAAACCCCAGGGUUAACGCCGGGCGGGUUACGCGCCGAACCCAGCAGAAUGUACUUUAAGGCAACUUCCUCAUCUCCGCAGGUUUCCUCCACACCAGAAUACCUCAGCUCCUCUUUCCCUUUCUCUCCCGUGGGGAACCUCUGUCGCCGCGGCAUCCUUGGAACCCCGCUCAGCAAGUUCCUCAACGGAGCCAAGAUCUGGCUCUCCACCGAGACACUGGCCAAUGAGACAAUCUGAAAGCAGAACAGUGAAUAUUGUCUAACGUUUGCUUUUGGUUUUUUUUUUGUUUUUUUCUUAAACUUCUGUCACCACAGAGGUUGACAGUCAUUAGUGAACUGUUUGAAAAGGUGUUGUGGGGCAAACAGGUCACGCAAAAAAAGGAUCCCUGGUAGUCACUGUCAAAUAGCUGAAAAAUUGAAUGUUCAGUGUGAGUGGUCUGAAGUGACUUUUGAAUGCUGAUAUAGGGUUUUUGUUGUUGUUGCUGUUGUUUUUUUGGAGUGUUUUGCUCAGGAGAAGGUACGUGUGACUGCAGGACCGGCGGUUUGAAACA